CCCGCGGGGCUCCGGGCUGGGCCGUCCGCGCAGCCGGCCGCCUCCCGGGAGCCCGCGGACGGCGCCGAAGCGGAGGAGCGCUCGUUGCAGCACAUGCUGCGCGCCAUAGCGGAGGAGCGCGGUCGCCUCAACCUGCGCCGCGAGGUCUGCGGCCUGGGGUGCUUCAAGGAUGACCGAAUCGUCUUCUGGACGUGGAUGUUUUCCACCUACUUCAUGGAGAAACUGGCCCCCAGGCAGGACGACAUGCUUUUCUACGUGCGCAGGAAGCGAGCCUACCCGAGCAGUGAGAGCAGCGUCGAUGGGAGGAAGGCCGAGGCUGAGGCUGAGGUGGAGGUGGAAGUGUACCGGCGGGACUCCAAGAAGCUUCCAGGCCUGGGAGACCCUGACAUCGACUGGGAAGAGAGUGUCUGCCUGAACCUCAUCCUGCAGAAGCUGGACUAUAUGGUGACCUGUGCUGUGUGCACACGUGCCGAUGGAGGCGACAUCCACAUUCACAGGAAGAAAUCUCAGCAAGUGUUUGCGUCCCCCAGCAAACACCCCAUGGACAGCAAAGGAGAAGAGUCCAAGAUGAGCUACCCCAACAUCUUCUUCAUGAUCGACAGCUUUGAGGAGGUUUUCAGUGACAUGACCGUAGGGGAAGGAGAGAUGGUCUGCGUCGAGCUGGUGGCCAGUGACAAAACCAACACGUUCCAGGGCGUCAUCUUUCAGGGCUCCAUCCGCUACGAGGCGCUCAAGAAGGUGUAUGACAACCGCGUGAGUGUGGCAGCUCGCAUGGCCCAGAAGAUGUCAUUUGGCUUCUACAAGUACAACAACAUGGAGUUUGUGCGCAUGAAGGGGCCUCAGGGCAAGGGCCACGCUGAGAUGGCAGUCAGCCGUGUGUCUACUGGGGACACGUCCCCCUGUGGGACCGAAGAAGACUCAAACCCAGCAUCGCCCAUGCAUGAGCGGGUGACCUCCUUUAGCACCCCGCCCACCCCGGAGCGAAACAACCGGCCCGCCUUCUUCUCCCCAUCCCUCAAGAGGAAGGUGCCCCGGAACCGCAUUGCAGAGAUGAAGAAGUCCCACUCAGCCAACGACAGUGAGGAGUUCUUCCGAGAGGACGACAGUGGAGCCGACCUGCAUAAUGCCACCAACCUGCGGUCUCGAUCCCUGUCCGGCACGGGACGGUCCCUGGUUGGGUCCUGGCUGAAGCUGAACCGAGCUGAUGGAAACUUCCUUCUCUAUGCACACUUGACCUACGUCACCUUACCACUGCAUCGGAUCUUAACAGACAUCCUGGAAGUACGGCAGAAACCCAUCUUGAUGACCUAGUGUGUGUGGAGCCUGCACAGAGCCCUGGCCCUGCCUGGCCCUGGGAAUGCUGUCAAGUGCCUACCUGUCACCGCCACGGGGUCUUCUGUGACAAGCCAGCGCCGGAGCUGCAGCCAGGCAGGGCCACUCGACUCCUGGGGCCAGGGCCGACUCCAUGAACACCAGCCCAAACUGAAGUGCCUCCUCCCUUGCUGGCUCUGCUCCCACCAUGUCCCGCGCUCAGCCCCCUCAGCCCGUCUCUGGAGAGCCUUCUGCUCCCAAAGAGGGCCAGAGACACUAAGAGGUCAGAGAGCGUGAGGGGGCUGCCAGCUUCCAGAAUGUUCUUAGACCUCCCGACCUCGACUCCAUCCCCCUGCCGGGGCUCUGUGCCAGGCCACUGUCCACACAUCCUACACAAAGCCAGUUGAAGAUUUUGUAAUGCAGUCCUGACGGACUUCAGCUCGCCAGUCAGUCCCAACUUGUUCUCCCGUAGUCAUUAUUUGUCGCCGUGGGUUCCAGCUGGGAGUCACAGGACAUGAGCUGCUUGUCGGCUGGGAAUACCUCGCCCUAUGCCUAGCUCAGAAUGGGUCCCAACCUCCAGCUGGGCAGACAGGCCCCGAUCCCCCAGAAUGGCCUUUGCUUCCAUCCAAAGAACACCGCCAACACACACACCUCCGACCCCGAGAUGUCCUGCGUCAAUCUCGGCUGGAGGGACGCAGAAUUUGGUUCUGAAGGAAUGCGGGAGGGAACUUCUGCUGAGGGAUGUCUGAUGGGGACCGGGGUUGGAAGCCUCCCAGGAAGGUUUUUAGGCAGAAUCACCCUGGGGCCAGAGCUCAGGGCAAGGCUGGUGCUGUCCCCUCUGCCUCCAUGCUUUUGGUCAGCAUGCUGGUCUUGUCCUCAGCCUGGCUUCCUAGGCAGAGAGGAGCAGACUGGGCUGCUCAUGAGCCCACGUUGUCCUCGGUGAGUGCAAGUGGCCAUGGGUCACCAGCCCAAGGCUCACCCUGGCAGUGUGCUCUAGCUGAGGCCUCCUCUACCCAACUCGAAUAAACUGGAAGCUAGGCCUCCUUUUGCCGCUGGGUUUAGUGUCCCAGAUUCUGGAGAAAUCAGCAGUGUAUGUAGAGCUCGGCCCCUCUGGGCUGUAGAGCAGGAACAGGAGCACGGCUCCAAUCCUUGGUCUUUGGGAGUGGGGACUACUUUGGGGCUUUCUCUAGAUUUUGUAUGUUGUUAUUAAAAGCGAGCUAUUGCAUUUCA